AGUUGAGUUUGAAGCAUUGUAUGGUGCGGAAGGUUUUUCCCUCAUUCUUGUUCGAAAUUCUUUUUUAUCCACAUUAAAAUAAAACAGAGUUUUAUCUCUUGAGUGAAUUCAGAGUCAGUUGAGUGUGUUGUUCGACGCAGUAUUUUUAACCGAGAAUUUAUCAGAAUUGUUGAUGAAAAUUUCGAAGAAUUUCCACUGUAAUCAACGUUGUUUUGACGAAGUGGCAACUCAAAAAAGCCGUUCAUUUCAGAUCAUAUUACGAAAAAGUCCGUUAAAUCACGAAUAAAAACCCAAAGUUUCAAGUACGACAUAAAAAUUCAAAUUUCCAACAAUAAAAUCGAUGAAGUCGAGAAACCAGAGCUACAUUGCAUGAGAAAUCAGUUUAUGUGAAGUUGAAACAGAUAAACGCAGACAGUAUCGAUCUUGGGAACAUGAAAUCGUUAUAACACAUUUCGGUUUAGAAAAUAAUAUAAAGUAUAUCUAUCUCUAUCGAAGAAAAAGAAACGUUACGAGUGAACAAGUGAUUUUGUUGGAUUUUCUCAUGCGAAGAUUUCUUUCUACCUGAUUAGAUCUUUUUCUGUCUUCCCUUUUUUUUUAUUCCUCCAUAUAAACCACUUGAAAUUGUUAGUUUUCUUCGGUCAAAUUUGAAAGCGAAGGCAAAAAAGCGUAAAUAUAUAAAACGACGUCAAAAAGAUUUAUUGUAUUGAUGUCAAUGUGUGUUACACAUUUUUUCGUCUGUUAAAUACGAUUGAGUCACAGAGACAUAUAGCAGAAUCCUAAACACAAACUCAAAUAUCCAAGCAUAUAAUUCAUCAGUUUGAACGAGAAGAAAAAGAAAGAAAGACGAAAAACGGAAUAUUGUUCAGUGCUUUUAAAAGAAAUAAUAGUUCUCUUUUUCAAUUCCUCGCAUAUGUGAAUCUGUGUGAACUGAUAGACGACAGGAUUCAGACGAGAAAAAAAAUAAAAGUAAAGAAAGAGACGAUUUCAAAAGACCCAACCAAAAAUUAAGAUUUGAACACAUUGAUUUGAUUUUGAAAAGAAGAGAAAAUUGUGCAGUAAAGAAAAACGAUAUAAAAUGGCAUCGACAGCACUAAAAUCGAUUUUAUGUGGGUGUAUUGUGUUGGUAUUUGGUAUUGUUGACAAUUUUUCGGCAAUGGCACGAUCAACGGCUGAAGCUGACAAGUCAGUUGCGCUGCUACAGCAGCAUCUCUGCCGUGAUGAGUGCAGCAAAAAGUUUGCCAUGGAUGAUAUGUCUUGUCUACAACAACCGGAAUGUUCAAUGUGUUGGGAUGAGUGUACAUCAUCGACGAGCAUAAACAAAUCCAUUUUGGAUACUUGGUCGUUAUCGGUGCAGUCGAUGGUGCGUGACAAUUCGUUGGUAUCAACAAAUAUCGCAUGGACGGCAACCAAUUCACCAAGCGACUGUUUGGUCACAUGGGAAGUGUCUGGCGGUGGUCUGAUUGGUAAUCUAUUGACUCAAUCAUCAAAUGUAGAGCUGUCAUUGUGGCCCGAGACAAAGUAUCGCGUUCAAGUCACUUGUAAGAAUAAGCAAUCGGAGGAAAUCAGUCGUUCGCUGCCAUUAACACUUGACACAAACAAAGCCGUUGUGAUGGUGCGUGUACCGACUGCUUCAACAUCUAUAUUAACUGACAGCGAUGACACUGUGAGUCAACAACAAGAUCAAUCCAUAAUAUUGCGCGAUAGUAGCAAUCAUGGCAACGGAAUUACCAGCACCAGUCAAUUCAGCGAUAACGAAACAAAUGAUAAUGAUGAUGAUGACGAUGCGAACAACAACAACAACAACAUUGACAACGACAGCCAGAAAUUCUACCAGCAAAUCCAUUUCGAUGAAACAUCAUUCGAGUCAACAUUGGCACAAUCGUCGCUGUUAGUCUGGGCCACUUAUGAAAAUCACCGUGAAUUUUUGCUCGGUGCAUGCGCUGCGAUGGGCGUUUUUUUGACGGUAAUUUUUGUAUUUUUGUUAAAUCGACGAAAAUCAAGGGCAAACACUGAUAAAGCACCAUUAGUUGAUAAUGAAGUCAGCGUCAAUGUCGACGUUGAUCGGCUAACCAUUCACGUUUAAGUAAAAAAAAUAAACAAAGUUCAUAUAUAGACACUAGAAGCUACCAUACUUUGAAUCCACAAUAAGAAAUAAAGAAAAAUGAAAGACGAAAUGCAAAAACGAAUGGAGGUAACACCAUUUGUUUUCAUUUCAUUUGUGAAUUGUUUUCAAACGUUUUAAGAUUAGUAGUAAUUUCGAGUACAAACAUGCGAACUGCAUGCUGGUGACUCGUCUUCGGUGUUGUCGCUUUCGAUGAGGCCACCCUUAAAAUGGCCAAUUCAAGUAGAGAACAUUGCUCUCAUCAUGAUUGCGUCUUUGCACCGAAAAAUGAUUAUCAUUCGACUCCCAAUGGAGACGAUGAUGACAGUCAAUUCCGUUGUGCACACCAACGAAGUUUGUACACCACGUGCUAUGCCCAUUCGAAAUGCAAACGUAACAACAACACAUUUUAUUGAAAGAAAAAAAACGUGAAAAAUAAACACAAAACAAAACACUUGUAAUUUAUCGAAUGAAAACUUGCGAAAACGUUCCUAUCAAACUGUAAAUAGUAACUUUUUAUUAUUAUGAAAUAUUUAAUGUGAGAGAAAGAAAUCGAAGUAAGAAAGAUAGAAUGGACAAAAAUAACCAGUUUCGAAAAUGAAGAUAAAACAUUAAAUUAUAGCUCAUCAUAACAAUUUUUUCUAGAUAAAACUUAGGUUCAUUUUGACAAGCUACAAGUUUUAAUGGAAUGUACCCAAAAGCAUAAAAUACAUGUAAUCAAGAGAAAAACGAGUACCACUUCGUUUUAAUUUUUAUUUUCUAUGCAUAAAUGCAAACAAACAGUAUAUAUAGUAAAAGUAUUUUAAAAUUAUUAACAAAAAAUGAAUAAUUGUAAAAUUUCCUCUGUUUUUUUCUGCUUUUGUGUACAAAACAACAAAUUUGAUAUUUAUCGAUAAGAACAUGAAAAAAAUAUAAUUAUUACUCAAAA